AAGGGGGGCGCUGGGAAGGGGGGCCCGGGGGGGGGGGGGGGGGGCGGAGCCCGAAGGGUUUUUCUCCGCCGUCUCCGCCGCCGCCGCCGCCCACGAGUGUCCGCGGAGCGACAGCAGCGCGAUGGGCAGAGGGGACGGCCGCGAAUAUUCCCCCGCUGCCACCACGUCGGAGAAUGGAGGAGGGCGGCGCAAGCAGAAGGAGAAGGAGUUGGAUGAGCUGAAGAAGGAGGUCAACCUGGAUGACCACAAGUUGUCCCUGGAUGAGCUGGGGAGGAAGUACCAGGUGGAUCUGUCCCGGGGGCUGAGCAAUGCCCGUGCAGCUGAGAUUUUAGCUCGUGAUGGCCCAAAUACCCUUACACCUCCACCCACCACUCCUGAAUGGGUCAAGUUCUGUCGGCAGCUCUUUGGAGGAUUCUCACUCCUGUUGUGGAUUGGUUCCCUUCUGUGUUUUCUGGCUUAUGGCAUCCAGGCCGCCAUGGAGGAUGAGCCCUCCAAUGACAACCUGUACCUGGGGGUGGUGCUGGCUGCUGUCGUCAUCGUCACCGGCUGCUUCUCCUACUACCAAGAGGCCAAGAGCUCCAAGAUCAUGGAGUCCUUCAAGAACAUGGUGCCUCAGCAAGCCCUGGUGAUCCGCGAGGGAGAGAAGAUCCAGAUCAACGCGGAGAACGUGGUGGUGGGCGACCUGGUGGAGGUGAAGGGCGGAGAUCGGGUCCCUGCUGACAUGCGCAUCAUCUCCUCCCACGGCUGCAAGGUGGACAAUUCUUCACUCACAGGGGAAUCAGAACCACAGCCCCGCUCCUGUGACUUCACCCACGAGAACCCCUUGGAGACCAGGAACAUCUGCUUCUUCUCCACCAACUGCGUGGAAGGCACCGCCCGCGGCAUCGUCAUCUCCACCGGUGACCGCACGGUGAUGGGCCGCAUCGCGUCGCUGGCGUCGGGGCUGGAGGUGGGACGGACGCCCAUCGCCAUGGAGAUCGAGCACUUCAUCCGCCUCAUCACCGGCGUCGCCGUCUUCCUCGGCCUCUCCUUCUUCAUCCUGUCCCUCAUCCUGGGCUACACGUGGCUGGAGGCCGUCAUCUUCCUCAUCGGCAUCAUCGUGGCCAACGUCCCCGAGGGGCUGCUGGCCACCGUCACUGUGUGCCUGACGCUGACGGCCAAGCGCAUGGCGCGCAAGAACUGCCUGGUGAAGAACCUGGAGGCGGUGGAGACGUUGGGCUCCACCUCCACCAUCUGCUCGGACAAAACCGGGACCCUGACCCAGAACCGCAUGACGGUGGCCCACAUGUGGUUCGACAACCAGAUCCACGAGGCCGACACCACCGAGGAUCAGUCGGGUGCCACCUUCGAUAAGCGCUCUCCCACCUGGGCUGCUCUGGCACGCAUUGCCGGGCUCUGCAACCGCGCCGUCUUCAAACCAGGACAGGAGAACAUCUCCAUCUCCAAGCGUGACACCGCGGGCGACGCGUCCGAGUCGGCGCUGCUGAAAUGCAUCCAGCUCUCAUGUGGAUCCGUCAAGAAGAUGCGGGACAAGAACCCCAAAGUCACCGAAAUCCCAUUUAACUCCACCAACAAGUACCAGCUCUCCAUCCACGAACGGGAGGAGGACCCGCAGGGACACAUCCUGGUGAUGAAAGGGGCCCCCGAGCGCAUCCUGGAGCGCUGCUCCCGCAUCCUGCUGCAGGGCCAGGAGGUGCCCCUGGACGAGGAGAUGAAGGAGGCCUUCCAGAACGCAUACCUGGAGCUGGGGGGGCUGGGGGAGCGAGUGCUGGGUUUCUGCCACCUCUACCUGCCCCCCGACAAGUUCCCACGGGGUUUCCGCUUCGACGCCGACGAGGUGAACUUCCCCACCAGCGACCUCUGCUUCGUGGGGCUCAUGUCCAUGAUCGACCCCCCCCGCGCUGCUGUCCCCGAUGCCGUCGGCAAAUGCCGCAGCGCUGGGAUCAAGGUGAUUAUGGUGACGGGGGACCACCCCAUUACGGCCAAAGCCAUCGCCAAAGGGGUCGGGAUCAUCUCGGAGGGCAACGAGACGGUGGAGGACAUCGCGGCGCGGCUCAACAUCCCCGUCAGCCAAGUGAACCCCCGGGAGGCCAAGGCGUGCGUGGUGCACGGCUCCGACCUGAAGGACAUGAGCUCGGAGCAGCUGGACGAGAUCCUGCGCAACCACACCGAGAUCGUCUUCGCGCGGACGUCCCCGCAGCAGAAACUCAUCAUCGUCGAGGGCUGCCAGCGCCAGGGUGCCAUUGUAGCAGUCACAGGUGAUGGUGUGAAUGAUUCCCCAGCCCUGAAGAAGGCAGACAUUGGUGUUGCUAUGGGUAUUGCUGGCUCAGAUGUCUCCAAGCAAGCAGCUGACAUGAUUCUGCUGGAUGAUAACUUCGCCUCCAUCGUCACCGGCGUCGAGGAAGGGCGCCUCAUCUUCGACAACCUGAAGAAAUCCAUCGCCUACACAUUGACCAGCAACAUCCCCGAGAUCACCCCCUUCCUGCUCUUCAUCAUCGCCAACAUCCCGCUGCCCCUCGGCACCGUCACCAUCCUCUGCAUCGACCUGGGCACCGACAUGGUCCCCGCCAUCUCCCUGGCGUAUGAGCAAGCAGAGAGUGACAUCAUGAAGAGGCAGCCAAGAAAUCCCAAAACAGACAAGCUGGUGAAUGAAAGGCUGAUCAGCAUGGCCUAUGGGCAGAUCGGGAUGAUCCAGGCGCUGGGGGGAUUCUUCACGUACUUUGUGAUCCUGGCUGAGAACGGAUUCCUGCCCUCACGGCUGCUGGGGGUGCGACUGGCCUGGGACGACCGCUCCACCAACGACCUGGAGGACUCCUAUGGGCAGGAGUGGACGUACGAGCAGCGCAAGGUGGUGGAGUUCACGUGCCACACGGCGUUUUUCGCCAGCAUCGUGGUGGUGCAAUGGGCCGACCUCAUCAUCUGCAAGACGCGGCGCAACUCCGUGUUCCAGCAGGGCAUGAAGUGGGGACCCCCCCCAGGACCCCCCCAAUGGCUGCUCCUUCCCCCCACCCCCCUUAUGGGUACCCCCCCCCCAUCCCAUAAUUGCCACCCAUGGGUGCCCCCAACCUGGAGCCCAUAAUGAUCAUCCACGGAU